UGAGGCAGGGCUGGCAUCAGGGCUCCUUUCUGCCUCUUGGGGGGACCUCCCAGGCCAGCGCCAGCGAUCACCAGCCAACCUUUUCAUCUCGCCAUCACUGCCCUGAAUGAAUGACACGUUUUUUUCAGCAGCGGGUCACUGACAAAGCAAAAGAAGCCUAUUUAUUGGGCCCGAGGACUGGAAGAAAUGGCGGAAGGGUCGCCGUGUUCAUUGCCUGCUGCUGCUGUGACAAAUUAUCACGAACUUAAUGGCUUCCGAUGACACUCAUUUAUUCCCUUACAGCCCUAAGAAGCAGAGUAUGCCGUGGUGCCGCAGGGGCCCGGGUUCCUUCCUCUACGGAGCCAGACGCGUAGCAUCCUCCACUCUCUGACUCUGGCCCUCUUGCCUUCCGUUGAAAAAGAGCCCACUGGGAUAAUCCGGGAUUAUGAUAUUGCGAAAUAACGUAUCUGGUCUUUGGCCCUAUUUCUUGAUACGCAAUUCCUAAAAUCCAUGGAGUCUCCAAGUGGCGUCUGUCCAUAUGCUAAUGAGCUGGCCACCGGAAGGACCGAGGGGGGGUAGGCGGGAGUAGAGAGGGGCUGGGGAUUGGGCGGAUCACCAGUGGCCCAUGGUUCAGUCAAUCAUGUCUACGUCAUGACGCCUCCGUGUUACGCAAUGGCGCCUCCAUAGAAACCCAAAGGGAGCGUUGGGCGAUCUUCCGGUCUGCAGAGCGCCAGAAGGAUCCUGCAGGCUGGCGCGCCGGGUUUGGCAUGGUGGCUCCGCGAUCUGCGCAUCUCAUCGUCUUGUGAUAUCCUUUAUGAUAAAUCCUUUAUCUUUGUAAUAUCCUUUGCAAUAAAUAGGGCCUGUGGACUCUGGGACCACUGAAGAGGCCCCUUCAGCCCCGUGACCUCUCUUCUCCCCAGCUCUGCCUUCCCAGUAAUCUGUCUCUCUCUGAAUGUGGACCCGAAAGAGGAAGGAAAAGAUGCCUCCUGUACGAGGGAAAUCCAAACCCAAGGCACCAGUGACGUUUGGGGACGUGGCCAUCUACUUCUCCAAGGAGGAGUGGGAAUGCCUGAGCCCCAGUCAGAAAGAUUUGUAUGAAGAUGUCAUGAUGGAGAACUACCAGAACCUGGCCUCGAUUGGUUUUUCCUGUCGGAGGCCAAAUGUGAUCACCUUAUUGGAGAAAGGGAAAGAGCCCUGGAUGGCGGAGCCAUUGAGAAGACGCCAGGGCCCUGACUUAGGGUCUAAGAAGUUACCUCCAAAUCACUGCAACAAAUCUGGGCAAAGCAGCUCUCAGAAACCAGUUUCUGCACGACAGAAAGUUCCCACAGGAAAGAAGGGCUGCAAGAAAAGUUCAGUCCUAAUAAAAUCCAAGAAAGGGCAUUCAGGGAAGAAAUCUUUAAAAUGUAAUGACUGUGGGAAAACCUUUGGUCAAACCUCCUCUCUUAAACUUCAUCAGAACAUCCAUACUGGGGAACGGCCUUAUGAAUGCAGUAAUUGUAGAAAGGUUUUCAGACAAGUUUCAUCCCUCAUUCUUCAUCGGAGAAUUCACAAUGGAAAGAAAAGCCAUGAAUGUGAUAAAUGUGGGAAAAGGUUCAAUCAAAAAAUAACCCUUAUUCUACAUAGGAGAAUUCAUAAUAGAAAGAGAACCAUCGCGUAUCGGAAGGCCUCGAGUCAAUGCCCCUCUGUCUGUGUACGUGAGAAAAUUCACAUUGUCGAGAAUAUCCACCAGUGCAAAAAAUGUGGGAAAGCCUUUAGUCAGAUGUCAUCCCUUUUACUUCACAAGAGAAUUCACAAUGGAAAGAAAAAACAUAAAUGCAAGCAAUGCGGGAGAGGCUUCAAAAAUAAAUCAGUCUUUGUGAUACAUAAAAGAAUUCAUACUAGGAAGAAAACCCCUGAAAGUGAGAAAGCCUUAAGUAAGAGCCUGCAGCAGAGGUGUUAUCAACUACAGAAUCCUUAUAAAUGCAGAAAAUGUGGGAAAUCCUUUAAUAGGAUUUCACCCCUUAUGCUUCAUCAGAGAAUUCACACUUCAAAGACACCCUACAAAUGUGAUAAAUGUAAGAAGACCUUCAGACGGCUUUCAACCCUUAUUCUGCAUCUAAGAAUUCACAAUAGAAAGAAAAAAUACAGAUGCAAUAAAUGUGAGAAGGUCUGUAAUCGCUAUUCAUCCCUCAUUCAACACCAGAAAAUUCAUAAAAAGAAAAAGAAACGAUUUGAGUGUAAGGAAUGUGGGAAGAUGUUUUCUGGAACUGCAAACCUUAAAAUACAUCAGAAUAUUCAUUCUGAAGACAAACCUUUCAAGUGUAGUAAAUGUAGUAAAGUUUUUGGCCGCCAGUCAUUUCUUAUUGAACAUCAGAGAAUUCAUACGGGAGAAAAACCGUAUCAGUGUGACGAAUGUGGGAAAGCCUUCAGUCACCGAAUAUCUCUUACUCGACAUAAGAGAAUUCACACCGAAGAUAGACCCUACGAAUGUGAUCAGUGUGGGAAGGCCUUCAGCCAGAGUGCACACCUUGCCCAACAUGAAAGAAUUCACACUGGAGAGAAGCCGUAUACAUGUAAAACAUGCGAGAAAGCCUUUAGUCAGCGCACAUCCCUUAUUCUACAUGAAAGAAGUCAUACUGGAGAGAAACCCUAUGAAUGUAACGAAUGUGGGAAGGCAUUUAGCAGUGGCUCAGACCUUAUUCGACAUCAGAGAAGUCAUUCUUCGGAGAAACCCUAUGAGUGUAGUAAAUGUGGGAAGGCAUACAGUCGGAGCUCCUCCCUGAUUCGACACCAGAAUACACAUUCUGAAGAAAAACCCUAAGGUGGUUUUAAAUCUAUCAAAGUGAAGAAUGAAGCUAUCAAAGAGGCAGAGGUAUGGGGAAAAUGUAUUUGUCUAUAACAUAAAUUUUGUCUAUAUGGGACCAUUUCUUGGUGUGUCCCACUUUAAGAGACGAAGAGCAAAAGUCAUUCAUGACUUUUGACCUCAGGAUUUGAAAUUGUCUACAGCAAGUCCAGAAUAUUGGAUUAGUCAUUGUGAGUGAGACCAUUUUUCACUUGAUAAUAAUUAUUGAUAUUUUACUUCCAGUGUAGUUUUAAAGAUACUUCAUUGGUCACGUACAACAAAGUAGAAUUGUGAAGUCCAUUUUCAUUUUUCUGAGUGGGGCUUUUGAGCCUCAUUUGAUGUCACUUGAAGAAACUUUUGAGUCUGUUCCUCAGAACUAGACAUAUCAAAUAGAAGGGACUUCCUGGCAAAACAGGGUGCCACUUUCAGCUGACAGAAACUUGUGGUUGAGAAUAAAUAAGAAUGAGUCUUUAGGUAAAUGAAGAUAUCAUGCAUAAUGGUGUGUAGCAAUAGAGUUCUUACCAUACUGUCACCAUGGUUAUGAUGAUAUAUAAUCUUCAUGAUGUGAAAAAUCUAACAUGGCUGAGACAGACUAACAGAAAAAGAACCAGGAUAUACUGAAGAACAAGGAACUUCAGAGCCGACAGAAAUCGUGAAUGUUUAUUUGAAGAUAAAUUGUCUAUAUUUAUAUGAAGAAACAUUAGUAUUUUCAUGUAAUAGUACUUGUGUGCAAUAAGUGAUUGGUGAAAUAUAAGUUCUUAUGGAAUGAAUGUUUGUGUCCCCCAAAGAUUUAUAUGUUGAAGCCCUAACCCCCAAUGUGAUGUUAUUUGUAAAUCAGGCCUAUGGGAGGCAAUUAGAGUUCAAUGAUGUCAUGAGGGUGGGGCCCUCAUGAUAGGAUUAGUGCCUUUAUAAGAGGGAACAUCAGAGAGCUUGCCCUCUCUGUGCCAUGUCAAGAAAGCAGCUGUCUGCAAAGCAGGAAGACAGCCCUCUCCAGAACCUGACCAUCUUGGACUUCCAGGCUCCAGAACUGUGAGAAAUACAUUCCUGUUGCUUAAGCCACCCAGUCUGUGGUAUUUAUUAUGACAGUCAGAGCUAAUACAUGGGGGAAACCCUAUAUUUGUAUAUUGAGCUCUUUUCCUGUCUGCUGUUCACCAUAUGUGGUAGCUUUGAAUCCCUCUUUCUUAUUUGUGCCAAAUAUAUAAGAAAUAAAAUCAGAGUUCU